AUGUCUUAUUCAGUGAUUAAAAGUGAAUCCGACAAUAUCAACUCAAUAACAUCAUGUUUGGAUAAUUAUGAACUUCAACAAAGAUCUUUAUAUCAAUAUACGGAUGAUAUUUCUGAGGAAUCUGCUUUACAUGUAGCUCCUAUUCCGAAUGAAUUUGAUGUUGAUCAUUCUGAUGAUAAUGAUAUUCAAGAAAAACAAAUUGAAGAACUCGAUAUAUUUCAACGAACGAUUCGUUGUGGACGAUUGUUUUGUCUUUCGAAAUUUCCAUGUUUUCAUCAAUCAAAAGAAGCAACUAAAUCUAAAACUGAUCGUUUGAAAAUCUAUCAAAUAUUUAGCUAUGCUGAUAAUUUAGAUAUUUUAUUAAUGACUACUGGUAUCAUAGCUGCAUUAAUAUCUGGUGGACUUUAUCCAGUGGCAAUGUAUUUUUUUCAAGGAAUAACAGAUAAUCUUGCUAAUUUGGGGGGAUCAAGAAUAAAAUUUAUCCAUUUUAAUAACGUUACUAAUAUAUCCAACGAAUGCGCCAUUGUAUCAAACAAAAACAAUCAAACUGAAUCAGCUCAUGACAGUAUAAAUCGAUUAAUCAAGUAUUAUAUUAUUAUUGGAUUUAGUAAUAUUAUUUGUUUUUGGAUUGCUUGGACAACUUGGAUAUUAGCUGCCGAACGACAAGUUCGACGCAUUCGUUUUGCUCUUUUUCGAAAUAUUUUACGGCAAGAAAUUGGUUGGUUUGAUACACAAAAACCAGGAGAAUUAAUUAAUCAUCUUAUUGUAGGAUUAGAUAAAAUCAAAGAUGGAAUCAAGUAUUGA